AUGGAGCCGGGAUCGUUGGGGGAGUGGAACAACAGCAUCGCCCACUCCUAUCAUCACCCCAGCACCACCGCCCCCACCACCACCACCAACGGCGGCGGCGGCGGCUGCAGAGUGGUCGAGACUGCUGCUGCUGCUGCUGCUGCCCACCACAACCAGGUGGGUUGGAGCCGGAACCAGAGCCACAACGGCGACAGCAGCCACAACGGCAGUGGGCCGCUGCGGAGUGUGGAGGGGGUGCUGGGGCGGCUGCAGGAGGUGCUGGCUGGCGACCUCUCCCUGCAGCACGCCCUCGUCGACAUCGCAUGCGGCCUGCCCUCGAAGGAGGCGCGCGAGGCCCUUGUGGCCCUCGUACACGUGCUCCACCAGAAGAGGAAGGCCCACCCCCUCCUCAAGGAACUCAUCUCCAUCGACCUCGGCAUCUGCGAAGUGGAGAAGAUGCCACCCUACAGUGAGCUUACGUCGAAGAUGCUGAGCGAGUUCUGCUUUCUGGACAACGCCAAGGCUCUCGAGUACAUCAUCAACCCCAUCACGGCCCAGAUGAUACUGAGCAACGCCUCGCGCGUGGAGGUCGAACCAUCCCGCUGCGCCACCAGCCAGAUCCUGCUCGAGAACCAACAGACCCUCCACAACACAGCCCAGCACUUCUUCCGCUGCCUCACCACCAGCCUGCCCCUCGUCUCGCGGGACGUGAAGAUGUUGGCGGCGCACUUGUACCGGGGCACGCAGCAGAAGUUCGAGUUGUCGGCGGAGGUGCGUCGUGGGCUGGCGUUGGUGACCAAGCUGCUGCAGGGCAUUGCGAGCGAGACGCGCUUUGCGGAGGACUCCUGGAUGGCCGUCUUCAACGAUUUCGUGGGCGCCAACGUUCCCGCCCUACGCUCCUUCUGGGACUCGGUCAUAGCGGACGCCGCCGGCGAGGACGAGCUCUCGACGGGAAGCUCUUCCAACAACGGAUACCACAACCACCAGCCGCCGCUGCCGCAGCCGCAGCCACAGCCGGUCAAGCAGCGGGAGAUGGGCCUCAUCGCUAAAUUCCUCUCCGACCACAGCAAGGAGCUGGGGGCGAGCUGGGGCACGGUCGAUUCGGUGCAGGAAGCCAAGCUGGCGAGCGUGGAGAACCUCCUCAAGGAGCUCGAGGCUGCCAGGGACGGGCAGCCGGGCCACAAGCGAACGCGGUCGUCCUCGCGCCUGGGGGACCUCUUCAAGGGCCGCAAGGACUCGGUGCGUGUCGACGCGGCCGACACUCCGACGGCGGCGGGGGCGGCGGCAGGCCCUCCAGCGACGGCGGGGGCGGCGGGGGCGAAAAAGAAGGCGGGCCUGUUCGGGAUGGGGAGCAAGGGCGACGACCGGCGACGGGAGAAGAAGGAAGAGCGCAGGCGCGAGAAGCAGCAGAAGAAGGAGCGGGAGCGGGAGGAAAAGGAGAAGAAGCGCAAGGAGAAGGAGCAGGCCCGGCAGGGACGACGCAAGGCCACCCGCGGGGGCAGCCCCCUCGGCGCCUCCUCGUCGCCCUCGGCCAAGGCCGCCUCGCAGCUCCGACGCGCCUUUGGCAUCACCCUCGAAGAGACGAUGGCGUUCCAAAAGGAGGCCUACCCGGACGCCACCCUGCCGGCGAGCCUCACUCUCUUGGCCGACGCCAUCAUCCGCACGGGCGGAUGCAAGCGGCAGGGCCUGUUCCGGGUGUCGGCGACGCAGGUGAGCGUGAGCGAGAUCGAAGCUGAACUCAACGCGGGCAACUACGCCGUGGCUCUCACCAUCACGGAACCUCACUUGGCCGCCACCCUAUUCAAACAGUGGAUCAGGGAGCUGGCGGAGCCGUUGAUUCCGACGGUGCUCUACCCGCGGUGCUACGACUGCAUCGACAGCGUGGAGGACAGCGUGGCUCUGCUCUCGGAGGUGCCCGAGCUCAGCCGACGAGUCCUGCGAUACAUCGUCCGGUAUUUGAAGCAGCAGAUACUGCUGCCGGAGGUGGUGGAGACCACGCGGAUGGACGAGGACAACAUCGCGACCAUCUUCGCGCCCUCCAUCUUCCGGCAGACGGGCCUGUCCAUGGCCGACAUGGUGGUCACCAUGAACCUACAGGGCCAGUUCCUCACCAACCUCCUACACGGCAUGCACUUCCCGCCCUGGGGCUCCCCCGACGACGAGGCCUACAACCCCAGUGCAUCCACCGACACGAGCAAGUCGCUGCUGGAGCAGAUCACGGAUCUGCUCGACGACGAGAUCAAGGAGCUGCAGGAGGAACACCGCCGGGCACUCCAGGAGCGGCAACGCGACGAACUGCGGAAGCAACGCCUCGCGGAAAGGGAGAAGAACGACGAGAUGGCCGUGCGCUGGCGGAUGCAGCGGGCGCGGGUGCGCCAGUUCGGAAUCAGCGACGAGCUCAAGAGCUGGACCCUGCACGUUCCGCGCCGACGCCCCGAGGGCCCCUCUUCUAUCUCUCUGCGCGGCGCCUCCUCGUCCUCCUUCCUGGCCGCCAGCGACGGCGACGCGUCGCCGGUCCCCCUGCCCUCGGCCCCCCUGCCCUCUCCGCGCAAGGCCGCGCCCUACCACGAGCCCCAACCGAGGCCGACGCCGACGCCAAUGCCGCCGCCGUUGUCCAUCUCCAGGUCGCAAUCAUCCAUCCUCGUCUCAUUGCCCUCCCCGACCAGGCCCCACCCCGCCACGCACCGCCGCCAGGCUUCGGUUGGAGGCACCCAGGCCCACCACCGGCUCGCUCCCGCGGCCCCCACUAACCUGCCAUCGCCGCGGCCGAACUUCCCACCGGAGAGCAGCAGCAGCAGCAGCCAGUCGACUGCUGCAACUCCCUCAGCUCCGGGGACCCGCACGUGCUUCGCGUGCCAGCAGGCAAUUGCGGGGCCGGCCAUUCGGGUGGCGUCGCUGGGGCGGCUCUACCACCCGCAGCACUUUCGCGAGUGCGAGGACAUCCCGCCACCCACCGACAGGAGGCCUCCCGCCGCCGCCGCCGCCGCCGCCCCCACCUGCACGACCACCGCGACCAGCAGCCCAAGCAACGGCGGCGGCGUGGUGGUGCACCACCUGCAUCGUCCGACUACGGCCGGCGGUGGCCCGGUCCCGGUGUUUGAAUGCCAGCGAUGCGGUGGCGAGCAGAUCGCGGAGGGCAGCUUCCUGCGAGCUCUCGGCAAGAUCUGGCACGGUCACUGCUUCGCGUGCGCCCAGUGCGCAACGCCCCUCCUGAACGACCACUUCUUCGAGAAGCAGGGCCGGCCCUACUGCUCCCGCCACAAGUGGUAG